GUCAAAGAUAUAACUUGUAUUUUGAUAAUUUAAAACAAUUAACGAGAAUUGAAAAUAAAAACAUAAUCGACGGGUCCAAAGUUUAGUUUAUUAACUUUAGUGUUGCAUUACAAAGUGAAAUUGGCUUAGACGAGUGUACGUGAAGUUUUAAGUGUUUACGGAGACGAAAUUAGACAGUGCUAGUUAAUUAUUACAGUGCUUUUUACCAUUAUUUCGUUUGUAACAAACCGCUUUCGGAGGUAGCGGUCCGUAACCUCUACACGUACUGUGGCAGUCACUUCAAAGAAAUUUAAAACGCAAACUGCCACAGUACUAGAAGUGAUUAGAAAAGUCAAGUGAAAAAUAAAAGUGAAUAAACAAAUUGAAAUAAAAAAAAAAAACUUUUUUGGCUCUAUCCCAACUGACUCAGUAGUGUGCAUCAAAAUGUAUACGUUUACGCUGAAAUGGUACUUUUCGGGGCGAAAGUGACAAAGAACCAAGAUGUCUCCCGAUAAACGCAAAAGGAGGAUCGGAGAGGAAAUUCAUUUUAGUAACAAAAUAAGGACUCGUAUAUAAAAGCCCCAAAUAUCAUAUACAUAUUAUAAAUAAAUAUAUCUGAUCUCAAAAUAUCUUAGUGCUCAAUAUUAGUUUAUUCUAAUACAAUUUUGAUACAUCGAAAAUGAUCGCCCUGAAGAAACUGUAUGGCGACGAGCUACUUCGCCUGGCUCUGGUUUUGAGUUUGCUCAGGAUCGACCCAGACGACUACCUCGAACGGGAGACCCAGUUGCUGGCCGGUCUGCACAUCGCGAACGGUUCCGACCUGUCCCCGGAACAGGAGGCCCGGACGCUGAUACGGCCGAGGUUCGUCCACCCCAAGUCCCUGGACAACAUCCUCGUGAACUACGAGAGGCAGCUGUUUGAAGAGCUCAACUCCUUGGGCCGGUACGGUCCAAGCGCACAUAAUGCCCGGAUGUGGCAGAACCGUGGCCCGAUUCUUCAUACAUAUUUAUUGAACGAUGUCGCAACUGGCGCAGUCGAACCCGUGUCAGCGGCCCAGUCGGUCGCAACCGACCAGGACGCCGUCUCGGCGGACGACAACGUCGCCCAGGAGGUCAAAGUGACCGACGAGGACGCCCAAGACCAAAGUCGCGAGUCCACGGUGACGGUGUCGGACAACUUCCUCCACAAUCGCACCGAAUCGGAUAUAUUUCCGGAGAUCGCUUCCAGAACCUUCGACGUGACCGAGUUCCUGGUGCAGCAGGACAAUAUGCAAAUUAAAAAGGAACAGGACGAGGCUUUCGACCUCAAGGUCAACGAAUCGAACACCGAUGACUUUUACAGUGACAACGCUAUCGACUUUGCGACUUAUUUUGCUGCAAGAUCCGAGAAGAUCGAGGUGGAGGAGCCUAAUUUAUAUCACCAGAAUAUGGCCGACCUUCAAGAUUAUGGGGACGUCUUCGCCGACGAUCCGGACCUCAAACACGACCUGGAACUAGACAUAAAACAACAGCAGGAGAACUUGGAACAGUAUCUCCUUGAGAACACUCCUUUGGAAGCGGAGGUCUAUGAAUUGGCUCCAAUGUUUGAAGAGGAACUGGUGUUGGAUGUUAAGAGGGAAAGAGCUAGCACUAGUUUCACGUCGGCCAGUUCGAGUGGCGUGAGCGAGAUGGACAUAUCCGACGUCAAAACCGAGCCGUUGGACUAUAAUGACGUCAAGGUCGAGCCUGACGAGGGGAACCAUACUGGAGAUGAACUGACGCAAGAGGACAUGGAUCUCAUCGAGGUGCUCUGGAAGCAGGAUGUGGACAUGGGAUUCUCGCUGGAAGACCCAAUACAGCCGGAAGGUCCGCAAGCCACCAAGGUAUUGGGGGAGGAAAUCGACAAGGAACUGCUGAAGGCCAAGGAUAGGAUCCAGAAGAACUAUGAAGAUGAAGAGCUGAAGAAGGUUGAGAUAGAGAAGGUCAAGGCUUCGUUGUUGGAUCCCGAAGUCAAAGAGGAUGAUCCCUGGGCUGGCCUAUCUUACACCGUCGACACGGAAACCGGCGAAUACGUGAUCCAAGGAGAACUGCCCAGGGAACUGGUGAGCGGCGAGGAGUCGCGUUUCGAUCUGCUGGAGGAGGCGCUUCAGCUGGUGGAACUCGGAGACGGGGCUGAAGCCAAAGAUGAACCCACUGAGGCGGUAGAAGGGAGUAGCACCGAUCGCAGGAGCACCAUGUUGCACCCUGCCAUGCGGCAUGUCCCGCACCACCCCCUCGCCCAUUACCACAACCAGUCGUUGAUGCGGUCGAUGUCGGUGGAGCAACGCUGGCAGGACCUCGCCUCUCUGCUGACCAUCCCGCCGCCACCGGAGCAGUACCAGCACUACCACCAUCACCACCAACACCCGCACAACAUCAGCGCCCAUGGAGCGGCCGGCUACGCUCCGAACUACCACGGACCUCACGGACCCCACGGACCUCACGGACCUCACGCUGCUCACGUGCCGCACGCGCCGCACGCACCCCUCCCGGCUCCGGUGGCCGAUAAACAUCCGGAUGCGUACGUAGGGGCAACUGCUCCCAUAGAAGGAGGUUACAAAGUUGAGAGUACUCAUCCCUCGCAACAGCAGGAUGGAGUUUAUUAUCAGAACACGCCCGCCGAGAUGCCGGGGCCGGUCAACCAGGACGGCUUCCUCCAGUCGAUCCUCAACGACGAGGACCUGCAGCUGAUGGACAUGGCGAUGAAUGAAGGAAUGUACACAAUGCGAAUGCUGGACGGGGCGAGCUCCCACCACGGCCCCCACCACAACCACUCCCACAUGAUGGUGCCAGAGCGUGACUCGGCAUCAGACAGUGCCGUCUCCUCAAUGGGCUCCGAACGCGUGCCUUCGCUUUCGGACGGCGAAUGGUGUGACGGUAGCGAUUCCGCCCAAGAGUUCCACAGUUCCAAAUUCCGCCCAUUCGAAAGCUCUUACGGCAGAGAGCGCUCCGCCUCCCACCAGCCCCAGAAGAAGCACCACAUGUUUGGGAAGAGAUGCUUUCAGGAGCAGCCGCCGCCUCCCAUGGAGCCGGUGCAGACGCAGCGACCUACUCCCGUCAAGUACGAGUGUCCGGAGCAGGCUUACCACCACGAGGGCCUGCACAUGCACAACGAUUUCGGAGGGCGGCACCAGGUCGCUCCGCCCCACGUGGCGGGUCUGCAGCCGGCGUUAGAGCUGAACGCGCCCCACUCCAGCCACGCCCUGCUCCAGGGUGCCGUGGGGCCGGGGUUCGGAGUCCCGGAGCGCGUGCGGCACAACCACACGUACAGCGCGCCCCUCGCCGCGCCCCCGCACGCCCCUACCGUGCGCGACAAAAGGGUUCGCCGACUCACCGACGGUAGCGCUUCGGACGGGGGCUCAUCAUGCACCAGCGCGCAGCAUCUGUCCCGAGACGAGAAACGGGCCAAGGCAUUAGGUAUCCCCCUCGAAGUCCAGGACAUCAUUAAUCUGCCCAUGGACGAGUUCAACGAGAGACUGUCGAAGCACGACCUCAGCGAGGCGCAGUUGUCGCUGAUCCGGGACAUCAGGAGGCGGGGCAAGAACAAAGUGGCAGCACAGAACUGCCGGAAGCGGAAACUGGACCAGAUAACCUCGCUCGCGGACGAGGUCAGGACCGUCCGGGACAGGAAGCUGAGGACCCAGAGGGACCACCACAGUCUGCUGGCCGAGAGGCAGAGGCUCAAGGAGAGAUUUGCGGCCCUAUACCGACACGUUUUCCAGAACCUCCGCGACCCCGAAGGGAGGCCGCUGUCCUCGGGCCAGUACUCGCUGCAGCAGGCGGCUGACGGCAACGUGGUCCUCGUGCCGAAGAUGCCUCAGCACCAAGAUCACCCGAUGAACAGGACUUCGGAUGAUGAGAUGGAGAGGAAAGCGAAGCACUACGACCAGUGACACAUGGCCGCGCUCCGCCGCGCCGCUGCCUCCCAACGAGGGGUCUACUCUUAAGUGCGGCCAGAACUAUCUGACUGACAGAACUAUCUAAAAGACACCUCCCAAAAUUGACAGCUGUCAACCGUAGUAUUAAGGCGCGGACGGGCAAAGGGUAAUUUAGUACAUGCACGAUUCGAGUCGGCAUUUUGUAUAUAUAGAUCGGUUUCGCGGGACGUAUCGCCGUCCCUCUCGCACCUAGACACCGGUCGGUCACCCCCAACCACUAUUAUUGGAAGCUCAGGUUUUUGAUGCGACCUAAUAUCGACCUUAAGCAUUAAGGCACAAGUAAUAAAUUGGUUUAACGUUGUACAAUUAAUUUUAUGAUUCGCUUCCUAUUCAUUUAUAAUAUAACAUAUUAUGGGUUUAAAAAAAGUCUGAUUAUUUUUUUUGUUGAUACCCACGUCAUUAAAAAAUAAAAAAAGCGUUUGAAAAACAGAUGAGAAAAUUUCACUCUUAUUGCUUUAUAUCUUCAUCAGAUUAUUACAUUACACAAUGUAAAUUAUAUGCUCUCAAUGAUAUUACUGCCAAAUUAGAUUUUGGGAUGCAACCUUUGUUUGUUGAAAUUAUUAUGCGAGGGAAAGGGAUGGCGAUAUAAGUCUUAUUCAUUCGGUAAAUUCCGACGAUUUUAGUAUACAUAUUAAAUUGAGCUUUGUGUGUGAGCAAUACGGGUUGUAUUUGUAUCAGAGGCGAUGCACUGCGCAAUGCAAUACAAACUCGACUGACGGGUUGAACGACCUCAUAGGAUUCGCUUUUCAUUGCGCGCUAACUAACCGCUAUAGUCUCCCUGAACUGUAUAUGUCAGGGGCGCACGAACUAUUUAAAGGCGAAAGGCCUAUUUAAGUUAAGCGACAUUUUUGCAACAUUACAGAAGAGCCAUUUAAAGAUAAAAAAUUUGGAAAAAAUAUCAU